UGAAUAAACCAGGAUAUUGAUCUCAGAGUUGUUGCUGAAGCCUUGGAUAAACUAUUUGACGCGUUUAGCGAGGACGACACCGACGCCAUCUUUUUUCAGCUGAAUCUUCUCCAGAAAAUGCGCGGAAUCGCAAAUUCUAUGAAAAUUAAAAUGGCGGCACAGAAGCGAAAUUUCAACAGCGAAAGUCUAGGGAUUGUGAACAUGGCGAAACUGAACCUGCAAAGAUUUAUAAAAUAUAAAGAAAAACGGCCGAAAAUUUAAUUUUUAUAUUUUUUCAGAAUCCAGUAUGACGCUAAACAUAGCUAGCUCUGGUCCCCCUAAGAUUAGGAAAAAUGCCUCGAAGAAAAAUAAGAAAAGUUGGAGGAAAAAUGUUGAUAUGACAGAAGUUGAAGAUUUUCUAGAGGAACAAAGGUUUGAGGAGAGGAUCGGUGGAUCCUUCACGGAGAAGAAGGAUCAGGAGAUCUUUAUGUUGGAUACAGGAGGAGAGGACAGGAAGGAGAAGAAGAAAAGGAAGAAGGAGAUUAAACCCUUAAAAUGCCACUCUCUUCUACAAGGAUUACCUGGAGUUCCUGAUCCUAAACCUAUGCGUCGCAGAACAAGAACCCUGGAUCAGAGAAUGAAUCCUGUUGUAAAACAAAGGAUUGAAGGAAUGAUCUCUGCUGGGAUUAUCCCCAGAAAGAUGGUUGAAUCAAAGAAGGAUCGUGAGAUGUAUCUUCAGAUGAAGAAGAGAACAGCUGCUGAGAGACUAACAAGAAGAAGAACCAAAUUUGAUUUUGAUCUUUGGGAUGAAACAGUUAAACCUGGAGAAGAGAUAUCUGAACAAGAUUCAUGGAUAACCCCUGAAACUAGAACACAUAGAGAUAUCUGGACAAGUCAACAUAUUCCUAAAGAAACUAAGAAAAGAAACUUCUGCACUGGUACUCUUCUACCAGCAGUAGAGCUUCCUCAUCCUGGUUCUAGUUAUAAUCCUGCUCUAGCUGAUCAUCAAGAUCUACUUUGGCAGGCUGCUAUGGUAGAGUUUGAUAAAGAGAAAGAACAGAAAAGACUUGAACGAGCAACUACUGCUAUGUAUCCAACUAAAGGUGAAGCACCUACAGAGCAAACUAUGAUGCAGGAGAUGGCAGAAGGUAUUGCUGAGUUGGGAGGGAAGGUGGAUGAGGAUGAGAAGGAGGAAAAGGAAGGAGAAGAUGAAAAAGAGAAGAAGGAUGAGGAAGAAACAGAAGGAAAGGGAACCUCGAAAAUGGCCAAACCCAAAACAAGGAAGCAGAGACGUGAUGAACGGAAACGAGGAUUUGAAGAAAGAAAGAUGGCUUCUCUGCUUGCCGCAAAGAGAAUUGACGAUCAAGUUUUUCUUGUUAAAUCACUCAGAAAGAAACUAUCCGCUGCUGAUAAUGAAACGAUAGAACGACAGAAACGUAAAGAGGAGAGAAGGAUAGAGAAGUUGAAGAACCCAGUUCAGCAUUCAAGAUACAAAUAUGAUGCUCCAGAGAUAGAAAUCAAGCUGUCUGAUGAACUCACUGGAAAUCUCCGUAAUCUGAAACCCGAGGGUUCACUUCUAGAAGUUAGAUACAAGAGCUUACAAAGAAGAAACAUUGUGGAAACAAGAAUAACCCAGAAACAAGCCAGACACAAGAUUAAGAAAGUUGAUAAAAGAUCUCAUAAGAUGGCCUGGGAGGCAGAUAUAAGUAAACUGAAGCAAGCAGCAGCUAAAACUGUGAAGAAUAAGAAGAAGAAAAUGAAAGCUCUGAAGCGAGCUCAGGCUGCUGUGGAAGCAUCUGUCUCAGCUGUUUCAGAAACAGCUGCUUAAAUUUAGUUUUUUCCUCGGCGGAUUUCUUAAAUUUCGAUGCAUCAUGUUUUCUAAAGGGAAAAUAAAAAGAUAUUUUUUGAA